AUAUUGCUUCGAUUGGCUCUGUUUGACUUCACAAGAGAUUGUUACUUAGCAGUCCACUCCUCCACUCCGCACCCUGGACAAGCAAAGCGCAACACAUCCACAAGCUUUUAUGAGAAGAAAGAAACCAGCCCGUAUCCUACUUCUUAUUCUGUGAAAAUAACAGCAUUUAUCAUGGAAAAACUUGAUGCCUUCGUCAAAAAUUUCUUAGAAUAGGUGAGGCUUGUUGAAAAUGGAAUCCUCGUGCAAGUCUAUUAGAUAUCCCGAUGAGAGACGACUAACAAGUAGAAAGUUUGUUGAGCUCCAUGUGCUGUUUGUACCAAAUGAACAGUGGAACUUAAAACUGAAUAGAGUGCCGGUUGAAGUCAUAAAGAGCUUCAUAUCUGCUGGAUUCAUCAGGGUGUAUCCUGAUAUAUCUCUCAGAACUCUCAGGAGUGAGCUUGGCAUUCUCCUCGGAGCUGAGAGAGAUAUUGACAAGCUUUCCUUUUUAAAAUGUGUGGGCCGAAGCUUGGCAUUGGUCAAAGCCAAACAAGAAAGGGAUUUGAAAGUGAAGUAUUUUGCCCCUCCAUAUGCCCCUCAGCCAGAGCUGUACCUGUUGCCCAGGGUGGAGAGCGACAACAGUGUCUGUUCACAGUCCCUCACCCCCAACACCCACUCCACAGACCCCCAGAUUUACUACACUGCCAGAGUGCAAGGAAUGCCAACAGGGACAAAAGAGCCUUUUAAAUUCCCUCAGAUCCCUCAGGGUCUCCAGCCACAGCCCCCUUCCUCCCCCAGCCCCGAUGAGGAGGCGAAGGAAGAGGAGAGCUAUUGCUCCACAGAGGAGAACGAGGAGGACCUUCUCUCCUCUCAGCAGUCUGGGUGCGCUGAGGAUGACCUCCUCCUGUGGAAGGCCCAAGCCCAGGGGCCACCCCAGUGUGUCAUAGAGGCUAAAGAAUCAGUUGUGGGGAAGGUGGCACCUGCUAAGAAGAAACAGCGUUUCAAGAGAAACCGAGCCAGCGAUUCGGGGGUUCCAGAGUCACUGGAGGAUUCUGUGUUUUCUCCCACCCCACACAGGUUUAGGAAAUCUAAAGAUGCGCAGACACUGAAGUAUAUCAGGAAUAAACAAAAUGAGGUCCCUGAACACCCAGUAACUAUGCCUACACAGUACGCCUCUCCACCCCCCGCCCCAACCCUGGGCACUCGUAAAACGGCUGCCUCGGUCUUCCUAUCAAGUAGAGAUAAACUGAUAGAGGAAAUUAAGAUGGCAAAAGAGGAGAGAAAGCAACUAGAACAGACAAGACAAGAGUUACUGAGAAAAGGAAAAGACUUGCUGGCCCAGAACAGACACCGUCGAAAUCAAGCUCGUGAUAGUUGGAAGAAGAGUUAUUUUGAUACCAAGAAGGCCACAGCCCCUUUGGAGGUCACACUGAGAAGUCUUCGUCAAGAGCUGGAGAUAUUCUACAAUAACAUCCUACACCAGCUAAAGGCGAGGGAUGGAGGAGGAAAGCCCAGAUGGCGGGCAAGAUUGUCGAGCACCAAAGAAUCUUCAAGUAUGACAAUUGGGUACUCUUCCCACCAUGUUCAGAAUGAGCUCAUUAUCCAGAUAAUGACAGAGAGCCAUGAGAUUGACAACCUAAGGAGGAAGGUGGAUGAUGCCAAGAUGAGGCUCGUCACAGAGAUCAAGCUCGGGAAGCAGGCUGCCACAGAGCUGAGAGCCUUGAAGGCUGAGCUGGCCCAGAAGAAUACCCAGACAUUUCUCUCUGGCUCCAUGGGCUUUGGAGCAGGAGCAAGGGACAGACCACAGGCUCAAAGCAUCCCUAACUGAGCCACUUCUACCAGUACCACCGUGGCCUUAUUCCAGAAGACAAUGUUUGCUUUUCGCUUAUUCCAAAUUAUGGAAUUUUCUUCAAAGUCACAGCGGUUUAGGAUUGACUUUCUGAAGCGUAAACAUUUACAUCAUAUUUUAAUCUUAGCAGCUCUUAUUGAAAGUGACUGCAUUCACCUAAAGUAGGUAAAACAACCACAUAUCCCAAUCAUUGCAAGCAAAACAACGAUUUGUAGGGCGACAGGGUAGCCUAGUGGUUAGAGCGUUGGACUAGUAACCGGAAGGUUGCAAGUUCAAACCCCCGAGCUGACAAGGUACAAAUCUGUUGUUCUGCCCCUGAACAGGCAGUUAAACCCACUGUUCCUAGGCCGUCAUUGAAAAUAAGAAUUUGUUUUUAACUGACUUGCCUAGUUAAAUAAAGGUAAAAAAAAUUUAAAUCAGUGAGAGUAAAAGACACAUUGUUGGUGGGAGUUAUUUAUGUUUUUUAUUUUUCAUUUAAUCUACUGACAUAUGCAUAUCACAGUAUUAAGUGCUUAUACGGCAAAGCCAAAUUUGUUUUGUAAGAUUCAGACAGUGGCACAAUGCUGUGUUUGACAAUCAUCUGUGUUGGCAUGAUUCUUUGUA